AUGAGCAUUGAACCCGCACGCGUGCAAACGCGUCUUACGAAAGAAAGUGGUCCAAAGGUCACAGGAUCCGCCAGUGAAACAAAGAUCGGUGGUUCUUUCACGUUGACACCCAAUCCGCCCUUCCUCACAAGACGAAUGGCCGUAUACGAUCGUAUUAUGACUGAACAAAAGCAGCAGCUCCAAGAACUAGCAGCGAAGCAAACAAUAAUCAAGAUUACGCUUCCUGAUGGCACGAUAAAGGAGGGAAUUGCCUGGCAGACAAAACCUUUGGAUGUAGCACUUGAGAUCUCACAAGGAUUGGCCGAUCAGGUCGUUGUAGCUCGUGUCACUUAUCGUGGAAAACCGGACGACCCCUUUAGUGUCACAGCUGCAGACGUGGACGGUAAUGAAGCCAGUGAUAAAGCCAGUGAAGACACGUGCUGUGGUGCUGUUGCUGACUCGUCUGAGCUUUGGGAUGUCUUCCGUCCCCUUAUUGGUGACUGUAGAUUGGAACUGCUUAAGUUUGACGAUAAAGAAGGUCGGAUGGUCUUUUGGCAUUCGAGUGCUCAUAUAUUAGGUGAAAGUAUUGAGACGCUUAAAGGCGCUCAUUUGACUAUUGGUCCUCCUGUAGAGGGAGGCUUUUACUACGAUUCGUACAUGGGCACUGAAACGAUCUUGGAAAGUGAUCUGAGUGUCAUUGAAAAGGCCUGUCAAAAGGUCGUGAAGGACAAGCAAAGCUUUGAACGUGUCGUGCUGACCAAGGAAGAGGCACUCGAGAUGUUUGCCGACAAUGUGUUUAAGACGCAGAUCAUUUCUACCAAGAUCCCGGAUGGAGGCAAGACCACGGCUUACCGCUGCGGCCCACUCAUUGACUUGUGUCGCGGUCCGCACGUUCCCCAUACGGGAAAGAUCAAAGCUUUGGCCGUCACGCGCUCCUCGAGUUCAUACUGGCUGGGAAAGACCACUAACGACACUUUGCAGCGUGUCUACGGUAUCUCGUUCCCGGAUAAGAGUAAAAUGAAAGAGUGGAAGCACUUUCAGGCUGAGGCUGCGAAGCGUGACCACCGUCGUCUCGGUGUGAGCGAGGAGCUUUUUUUCUUCCACUCGUUGAGCCCUGGCAGUGGCUUCUGGCUGCCGCAUGGUUCUGCUAUCUACUUUAAGCUGCUCAAGUUUAUUCGGGAGCAAUAUCGCGAGCGCGGAUACACUGAAAUCAUCACGCCUAACAUUUUCAACAUGGAGUUGUGGAACAUUUCGGGUCACGCCCAGCACUAUAAGGAUAACAUGUUUGUGUUUGAUGUGGAGGGACAGGAGUACGCACUGAAACCUAUGAACUGCCCAGCUGCUUCGCUGAUGUUCGACUUCCGUCAGCGGUCGUACCGUGAGCUGCCCAUCCGUUUGGCAGACUGUGGCGUGCUACACCGUAACGAACUGAGUGGUGCCCUAACGGGCCUCACGCGUGUGCGUCGCUUUCAGCAGGAUGAUGCUCACAUUUUUUGUCGCGACGAUCAGAUCAAGAAGGAAGUGCUAGAUUUUCUCACUUUUAUGAAGUACGUAUAUGACGUCUUUGGCAUUAAGUUCAAUCUGGAGCUCUCGACGCGUCCCGAGAAGGCUAUGGGCGAAUUAGAACAGUGGGAGCGAGCUGAAAAGCAGCUUGCUGAGGCUCUUAACGAGUUUGUUGGCGCUGGCAAGUGGGUGGUCAACCCGGGCGAUGGUGCUUUCUAUGGCCCUAAGAUCGACAUCAUGAUCACAGACGCGCUAAAGCGUCAGCACCAGUGUGCUACGGUGCAGCUUGACUUCCAGCUGCCCAUCCGUUUCAAUCUGAAAUACCGUACGGACGACGCAGACAACUUCAAGCGUCCGGUGAUCAUUCAUCGUGCCAUCUACGGAUCGCUGGAGCGAUUUGUUGCUGUCCUGGUAGAACACUACGCCGGCAAGUUCCCGUUCUGGCUAUCACCGCGCCAGAUCCUUGUCGUCACGGUGGGCGCUGCGUUCAUUGAGUACGGCUACGAGGUCAAGGACGCAAUGUUCCGCGCCGGAUUCGAUGUAGAUAUCGAUGACACGGGCAAGACGCUGAACAAGAAGAUCCGUGAGGGUCAGAUGGCCCACUACAACUUUAUUUUGGUGGUAGGCGCACACGAAAAGGAGGCACGCUCCGUUAAUAUUCGUACCCGUGACAACAAAGUGACGGGCACCAAGACGUUGGAGGAGGCUAUUGCCAUGUUUAAGGAUCUGGAGAUGACCAAGGCGAGUGAGGAAUAA